GCUGGAGAGCGAGAGCCAACGGCAGCUGGCCGCACGUCUGGACGCCACCGUGGCGAUCCUCCAGGAAGAGAAGAAGAAGCGGGAGGAGGCUGCGCGGCAACGCGAGGAGGCAGAUGCAAAGCUGGAGCAGAAGUGGCAUGGAAUUGUCAAAGAAGAGGGAUCUCUACGCCGAGCAGUGGAAAGCCAUCUCGAGGCUCGACUUGGUGCACUUCAGCGAGAGAUGCGUCUGGAAUGCGGUGCAGCAUCGCAGCAGGCCCAGCAGGUCCUCAGCGAAUUUAGCCACUUGCGAGAGACGCUGCGCCAAGAGAUGGAGCUCCAGAAAAAGGAAAUCGGAAGUGCAAGCUCGGACUUGUCCAGGUUGGUCGACCAGUUGCGCGUGGGCGGAGCAGUGCAGCCCGCAGCAGAGCUUCGUGCUGGUCCGGAGUCCCUGACAGAGAACCUGGUGAGGGCCGAGGUGCGUCGACAGCUUUCGGAGAGGCCGUCCGAGCCAUCCAAUGCAGCUGCCCCAACAGUUCUGGAGAUGCAAGCACUCUCGAGCCGGCUUGACCGUCUCGAGAAGUCUCUUGAGAACGAAGCGGCUGGCCGACAAGAGGAGAACAGCAAGAUGAUCAACAUGUUCCAAGAGAUCUCGGCAGAGGCUCGUCAACACCAGGAUGCCAUGAUCUCAGAGUUGGAACAACGACUCCAGGGAAAGCUCGAGCAGCUGUCUGCGGAGGUUCAGCAGGAGGUGACUCAACGCAGAACCUUGCUCGCGAAAGAAUCCAAGGACCGUGAGGAAACCGCCAUGGCGAUCUUGAAGUCUUUGGAGGACCAGCUGGGCAGCGUUGAAGAGUCUCUGAGACGACAUGAGAAGGAGCUCCAGCGCAGCCUCGAAGCUACAGCAGCCUCAUUUGCGGAAAAGAACACGAAGGAGAUGAUGACAACGCGGCAAGACGUGCUGGAGCUGCGCGAGGAGCUCCAGGAAGUGGCUCGAACUGGGCGCGAGCGACUCGAGGAAGCUGUCGUGCGCCUGAAUGCGACAGCUCCUGCGCGCGGUGACGCGAGCGUUGAGGUGAAGGCACGGGAAGAACUUUGGACCGACCUGGAUCAACUUCGAGGGGAGCUGCGGGUGGAAUCUGCCACGCGGAAAGAAGACGUCCAAGGUGUUCGCUCCAGCCUCGACCGCCUUCGGGAGCAGGUCGUCGGCUCGUCGAUGUUUAGUGUGCAGGAGCUCCAGAACGCCCUCAACGCCGAGCGCCUUGAGCGUGAGCAGGGCGACCACCGGUGCCUUGAGGCCUUGCAUGAGCUCCGAGAGGUUUUGCAACACCUCGUCCCCUUUUCAGUGCAGUACUUCGUGGAGAUGGAGGAGACAGGAGCGCCGAAGCCGCGUCCGACACCGCAGGUGGACAAGCGCCCUUCUGCCUUGACCGUUUCGCCGAGACUGAUGGAAGCAGAUCGUCUCGUCAGUGCUCCCAUGCCACAGGUGCGAAAGGACGGUGGGAGGCCUUCGCAAGGCGGGACCUGCAGCACGCCAAGCGGAGCGGCAGUUUCCAGCCAAGCGAUGAUCAGCACCAGCCAGGGCACAGGUAGCGAUUCCAGCUCGCUAGCCAGCACCUUGGUUAUUGAGACGCUGAAGAAGUCCUUGAUGAAGGAUAUGGCCGCAUACCCAAAAAGCUCCAUGACCGGCCCUACCUUGCCUGUUGGCGGCGCAUGCGGUGCUGGCAGUCUACAGCCGCCGGAUCUGCUUCAGGAGAUGCGCUCAAUCCGACAUGAAAUCAGGAUGGAAGCCCAAAGUCGCAAGCAGAUGAUCGCCAGCAUGGACUCCUUGCUACAGGAGGAAAGGAAGAGACGAGACGAGGCCAUCCGCACCUCGCAAUCCCUCCGGGAGCAGUCCGAGAGCCGAUUGGAGCAGCGAUGGCAUACUACCAUCAAGGAAGAAUCCGCUUUGCGUCGUGCUGUCGAAAGCCAUCUCGAGGCGCGACUGGGAGCGAUGCAGCGAGAAGUGCGGCUCGAAGUAGGCGCCGCUGCAACCCAGACGCAGCAAGUCCUCAGCGAGUUCGGCCACUUUCGAGACAACAUCCGGCAGGAGCUGGACAUGCAAAAGCUUGAAAUCAGCAAUGCCACCGCCGAUCUAUCCAGGCUGGUCGACCAACUUCGGGUCCAAGCUCGCGGCGAGGUCACAUCUCCAACAGCAUCGUCGUCCAUCACCGAGGGUCUUGUCCGUGCUGAGGUCCGUCGGCAGCUGAAUGAAAGGUCGUCUGACCCUGGCCCCGGAGCACCAUCCGUACCUGCGGGGGAACUGCAAGCCCUGGCCAGCCGUGUGGAGCAUCUUGAGAAGGCCUUGGAAGCAGAGGCCACCAGCCGCCACGAGGAAGCGACAAAGCUGUUAUCGACCUUUCACGAGUUGGUAGCGGGCGGCCGGCAGCGCCAAGAUGAAGCACUGCAGCAGGUUGAGCAGCGGCUUCAGGCCAAGUUGGACACUGCCACCGCUGAGGCCAAGGCUAUCCAAGAGGCUUCCGAGGCCCACCAUCGGAGCCAGGACGCUGAGAUGCAGGCGACUCGUGAGAGGGAGGAGACCUAUAUGCUUCUGCUGAAGUCUUUCGAUGAGAAGAUUCCUGAGGAGAGGCUGAAGGUUCAGCAGUUGAUGGCAGAGCAGCAACUGCACCUCGAGACUGCCACCAAAGAUAUCGAGAAGCAGCUGCAGGCGAGUCUGGAAGCCAGCGUGGCAACCUUCGUGGAAAGAAGCUCCAAGGAGCUCAUGACCAACCGCCAGGAUCUGCUGGAGCUGCGCGAGGAGCUUCAAGAGGUUUCGCGCAGCAGCCGAGAAGGCCUGGACCAGGCUAUCUCACGACUUAGCCGGCCACCGCCUGCUGAUGAGCAGGAGGGUGCGAAGGCGAUGUCCAUGCAGGCUGAGCUUCAGGACGUGCAGCGCUUGAUCGAUGGCCAGACCAAGCUACGGGAGGAGCUUUGGACGGACGUCGACAGAGUCCGGAACGAGCUGCGCAUGGAGUCCUCGUCCCGAAAGGAGGACGUGCAAGGCGUCCGGUCCAGCUUGGACCGGAUACGGGAGCAGGUGAGGGGAAUGUCUUCUCUGCCUGCAACCGGGACCACGACCGGCGCCUUGCCCGGCACCUCUGCAGAAGAGCUACGUGCCGCGAUUCAGGCAGAGCGCCUGGCCCGAGAGGACGGUGAUGACAAAUGCAUGCAGCAGGUACGUGAGCUCUUGGGUGACGAAAGGCAAAAGAGGGCCAGCGACAUCAGCGCCUUGGAACUCCGCGUGCAGUCGGAGGAGCAGACGCUCUUCAUCGAAAGCGGGAAGAGAGAGGAGCGCGACCGUGACAUCCUUAGCCAGCUGACCUCUGUCUUCCAGGAGCUGGACACUGUCAAGCUCCAACAAGUGACGGGCUCGACACAGCGCCAGAAGCUGGAUGAGUUGAGCAAAUCCCAGGAAACGCUCCAGCAGAAAAUUCAUCAAGCUGCCGAGGUGCCUAACACAGUUCCAAAGUUGGCACGUGGGAGCCCGGUGAACUCAGGCUUCGUGAUACCGCCUGGUGUCAACGUCCGCCCGACUGUUCUUGCGGCACAGGCUCCACAGCUGCACCGGCCACCAGCCGUUCGCCCUCAGUCUCCGAACGGCAGCAAAUGA